UCAGCCAUGACCAGCAUAUUAACCGCGCCGGGCAAGUACCGUUCGCGGAAGGACUAUAGCACCGGCUCGAUCCCGACCUUAGUAUCACUGGACGAAGAAUCUAGUCUCUCGACAACAACAACGACCUCGGUUUGCAGCGAUACCGUGUUACUUCAUGGCUUACGCACGGCCAACACUUCCAGUACUAGCUCCACAAAUGGUAGCAACGGUAGCGGCAGCAGCAGUAGCAGCAACAACAACAGCAACGCUAUGAACAUAAAAAAUGGACUCUCCACAAAGCCCCCAAGGCGCAGUUCGCUAGGUUUGGCCCUGCUCGGCGGUGGAUCGCGCAGCAGCUCCAAUGGAGCAGAAAAAAGCAACAAACGGCGAAGCUCGAUCGCGGUCGUUUUUCUUGGCGGUGGUCGUAAAGACUCCAAAACGUCCGGCACAUCCGCGUCCAACGGUACGAGCAAUGGUCACCACCACACUCACAAUGGUCACUCGAUCAGUACCAUUCCGGAAAAGUACAUCAAAACGGGUGAGUCGGACAUCGAGAACGAUGCACCCAAUACGGACACCUUCGUGAUGUUGGGUGAAUCCGGUGCGAAUGGAUCGCACCAUCAGGACCCGUACGGUGCUGGCGGUGCACCAGGAUACGACAAGAAGCGCCGACGGUCAUCGUCGUGGCAAACAAAACUCGAACGACGACGCCGCAAGGGCAUGAUGGCCUCGCUGGAUGGCAGUGACACCAUGCAGCAGGACUCGGCUAGUUUUAGCAGCUUCGGAUCGAUGCACGGUCUCGAUUCGUCACCGUAUGGAGCGGGACCAACGGGCAAAUAUGGGCGCGAAAAGCGUCACUCUUGGUGGAACAUCUUCGUGCCGGAUAAUCUUAAGCAAAGGACUCGUAGAGCUAGUCAAGAUGUGAUACUGUCCAAGAGCUCCGACACGCUCAGUAGCCCACCAUAUCGAAGGAGCAAAUCCAGAAGUGUCGAUCAUGGACUAGCCGCACCGUUCGAUCUAGACUCGCUGCGCUCGAAGGUUGAGGGCAGAUUCGAAAGCAUCGACCGACUAUCAAAAGAUGGCGAAAAGAAGCGAUCGAUGCCUACGAUACCCACAAUUACGUACACAGUAAAGGAUCGGGACACGCUGACAUCCGUGGCCGCUCGCUUCGAUACGACACCGUCAGAAUUGACCCAGCUCAAUCGUUUGGCCAGCUCGUUCAUCUACUCUGGUCAGCAGUUGCUCGUUCCGGAUAAAAAUGCCAAAGCGAACGCGGACGGUGAAUCCGACACGAGCACGGAACGUUCCUCCAACAGUCCCACCGAUGGCCGUCGUAAGGGUUCGCAGGAAGAUUUGUGCCAGGACGAAAAAGAUUUGCUGGAAGGAUUGCGUCCGGGAUCACCGAAACCCGGUCACAUCGAGCGUGUUGCAUCACCGAACACACAGAGUGGUGGCAGCGCUGGAGGUGGUGGUGGUGGAGGAGGCGGUACGACCGGUAAUGCAGCUGCAGGUGGAGAUGAGGAUGAUCCCGUCACUAUACAGCGUUUCUUGAAGAUCAACGUGCGGCACAUCACCGAUGGCCAGGGAGUGGUCGGUGGCGUACUGCUCGUCACACCCAACGCCGUUAUGUUUGAUCCGAAUGUAUCGGAUCCACUAGUCAUCGAGCACGGCCCGGAAAGUUACGGUGUCAUUGCACCGAUGGAGUUUAUCGUGAAUGCGGCCAUAUUCAACGAUAUCGCACACAUGCGCGUGCAGGGUGCGGCUGGUGGUAAUGAGACGGCCGAGAAGGCGGAAAUCUAUCACCCGGUACCGGUGGAGAAACCAUGCUCACGCUGUGACACACAUUCCCCCGGCAAGGAUUCGCUGCUGGUAAAGGACGAAACAUUCCCGGAGCUGGGCGUUGGUUCGGUGGAGGGAUGCGACGAUCAGGAAUCGAUCUGCUCGAGCAACGAACGGGACGGUGACGCUUUUCCGAAGGCGUUCGAGCGCGAUCUCGUGACACCGAACAAUCUGCAGCGUUUGCACGGUGAUUCGACGGAAAGUGGCGGUAGCUCGGUAGAACCGAAAGCACCCUCAACCGAGCCGCCACUGUUUCUGUCGUACGACCGUGACUCGUCGCAGUCGCACACGCCCAAUUCGCUCGACCACAGUACCGGUGCGUCAAGUGAGCAGCAGAAGCAGGCAGGUGAUAAGACUGACCAAACCAAGACCAACAAUAUCUUAGAGGAUCCCACCAUGCGCUCCCUGGAGGAGCGACGGAGAAGUCUGCUGGACCAGCACUGGGCAAUCCCCAGCAAGGACAGAUUAAAAUGUUAUUGCGAUCAAUCAUCAUCUCGAAGAUCUCUGGACGACGAAGAGGCCGCCAGUACGGGAAGUGGCACAACGGCUGCAUCUUCCUCGACAGCCGGUGCUAGCUCGAUCGGGGCUAUCCCAAGCGCAGGAGGACAUCAUGUACCGAUUCCUCCGAUUGCUGAAGUUGCUGCUGGUGGUGAUGGACAGCUGGUAAAGCAAUCGUGUCACGAUUCAGGCAUCGACAUCCGUGAUCCGGCCCACGGUUCAUCGUUAACUGCAGGCAGUGGAACUACCGGCGGCAGUGGUAGCAGUGCGGCCAGUUCUGUCGCUAGCAUACCAAUUGUGGCACCGAUUGCAACGAAAAAAGUGUAUAGCGAUGCGGACAUUGUACUGAGCGCUGAUUGGGUACCGCCGCUAACUAUUGCACCCACCCAUCUGCACGAUAGUUCACCGCGAAGCAGUAGCUCGCUAGCAUCCUCACACCAGAGCACCCUGUCCACGUUGACGUCUGAUGUGGGCGGACGGAAGAAAACGUCCAGCGUAAGCUUCAGCGUAGAUGAGCACGAUCCUCACGGUGCUGCCGGUCCGGCCGGUUCCGGAUCGCUUGACAAGGGUGGCGAAACAAAGAAGAACAAGAUGCUGAAACGAUUGUCUUACCCGCUGGCUUGGGUUGAAGGAUUAACCGGCGAAGGAGGCAACAGUAGCCACAAGUCGGAUUCGAUUGAAUCAGCACCCAACACAGGCGACUCUAACCAGAGCGUCUUUUCAAAAGUAUUUUCUAGCUCACCCAUCACAUUGGUUUCGGAGCUGGGUGGAAAUUUGUUUUUGUCCAAGACGCCAUCGGAAGACUCCGGCGGCUCACCUGUUCCGCCACUGACACCGCACGAAGCGCAAGCAGGGGGGCCGGUAACGGCCGGACGAUCAUCCAUCGGCACAUUUAUUCGCCAGCAUCCCUCUGAGGGCAGUGCGAACAAGCAGAAGCCUGCACCACCAAAGCUGGAUUACCGUUCAAUGGUGUCCAUCGACGAUAUGCCAACAUUGUUUGUCAGCUUCGAUAUGAAGGCCCCAUUGUUUCCUCAGCUUGAGAAACUUGAACUUAUCCCACGACCGGCCCGAGCGUGCCCGGACCCACCGAUGUAUCUUCGGUUGCGCAUGGGACGUAAGAUCGGCAAGAACACCCCACUUCCGACGACGGUGAUGUCCUACGGCAAGAACAAGCUGCGUCCUGAGUAUUGGUUUAGCAUUCCAAAAAAUAAGGUUGAUGAGUUGUAUCGCUUUUUAAAUGCCUGGGUGCAACAUCUAUAUGGCGAGCUGGAUGAAGCAGCAAUCAAAGAGCGUGGCUUUGAGCUCAUUCAGAUGGAUACCGAGUGGACGGCGAAAACUGGCAGCCCGUCGAAGGACGGUCGUUCUGCCAGUGAAGGCGAAAUCUCCGAGUACACGCGCGAAUCAUGGGAGCUGCUAAAGGCACCGUUUGUUAAAACCUACAACAUAAUCAAAAGUCAAACUGGAUCAAACGAUUUGGACGGUUGUGAGGUUCUGUCUAUGAGCACAGAUGACUACAGAAAAGCGACCCUGUUUGCGUCUGGUUCGUUCGAUCAGGACUUCCAGAUUCCGGACCUCGUUGGUCAAACAGAGAUCCUCAGCGAGGAGCAUAGAGAAAAGCUCUGCGCUCAUCUGCCGGCCCGUGCCGAAGGAUACUCCUGGUCACUCGUGUUCAGCACCUCACAGCACGGUUUUUCGCUGAACUCUCUCUACCGAAAGAUGCACAAGCUAGAGAGUCCCAUACUGAUCGUGAUAGAAGAUACGGACCACAAUGUGUUCGGUGCGCUUACAUCCUGCUCACUGCAUGUGUCCGACCAUUUCUACGGCACAGGCGAAUCGCUGCUGUAUAAAUUUAAUCCACACUUCAAGGUGUUCCAUUGGAGCGGCGAGAAUCUGUAUUUCAUCAAGGGUAACCCGGAAAGCUUGGCGAUCGGUGCCGGAGACGGAAAAUUCGGACUAUGGUUAGAUGGAGAUUUAAACCAGGGUCGAUCGCAGCACUGCAGCACAUACUCGAACGAACCGCUGGCACCGCAGGAAGAUUUCGUCAUCAAAACGCUCGAAUGCUGGGCUUUCGUUUAAAAAUCCC